CUCUCGAAUCCUGGAAUCAAAAAUAAAAAGUCCCAAUUUUGUGUCCCUUCCGCUCAAUUCAUUCUCGCGCCGACCGUCCAAUUUUUUCGCGUGACUUUGCUCGAAUCGAUCCAAUCCUUCAACAUGGGUAAAUUGACGAGCACCAUCGGUAUCCCCAUCAAGCUCUUGAAUGAAGCUCAGGGCCACGUCGUAACGUUGGAGAUUACUUCGGGGGUGGUGUAUCGAGGAAAGCUCUUGGAGGCUGAGGAUAACAUGAACGUUCAGCUCAAGGAUAUCACAGUCACCGCUCGUGAUGGUCGCGUGUCGCACCUCGACCAGGUCUAUAUUCGCGGAAGCCACGUCAAGUUCUUCAUUGUGCCGGAUAUGCUGAGAAACGCACCCAUGUUCCGUUCGCGCGGCCAGCGCGGUAGAGGUGUCGGUCUUGCUCGUGGUAAGGCGACGGUGCAGAGGGCUCGGGGACAACGGAGGGGUUGAUCGUGUGGAUUUUUUUCGUUGGCGUUUUCUUUCAUGUGGUUUUCGUCAUUCGUCGUUCCUAAUGGUACCUUACUUAUGUGGGAUUGAAAAAUGUGAUUCCUUGAAGACCGGUUUCGGGGCGAUACCCUGCGAUAACAGAUUUUCACAUUUCCAUUUCUGGGUUCUCUUACACAAGUGCAAUUGUAUGUCCAGCUGGAGGGAGGGUUGGACUCGUUGGAGCGCUGUGCAGCAUGGCCUUGAUUACCAUUUGAACUGGACUGAUCGUGGCGAUUACCUGGCAUUGCAACAAAUAGAGCUUCUCAAUACUGGCUAAUGGUCUCAAAUAUGAUUUGACUUCUCU